GACCUGAAAAUAUAUGCACCAGUUAACCAUCUCUCCGGGAGUGGGAGGAUCUGUACAACCAGCGGUUGAUCCCGUCCUGGUUUAAGGGAUAAUAGAAGCGAUGCGGUUGGCGUUCGAAAACAAAAAACAGUCGUACGAGUUGCGAACCCUGAAGCUCGCACCGCUGGGGUUGCAAAAACCAACUCCCUGGAACAAGGCACAACGUCUGAAGCCGGAGGAAUGGAAGGACGAGCUGGCGGGACAAUACUACUACUAUGCGGUGUGUGGACAACAUAACGCGGCUGCGGCCCGAUCGCUGUUCGGCAGCGAGGUGGCCAAGAAGUACAAUUUCGAGUGGUGGGUGGCACGAAUGGUGUACUUUUCGGACAAUGACUUCGAAGGGUAUUUUCUUGUUAGUUCCCAGGACAACAAGAAGGACCUCAAGGCACCUCCUAGACAGUUGAAACUGUCUAUGAAAGACAUUCGGUGGCAGUGGAAACAUGACAGUUUCCCUAGAGUUGUCAUGAGGAACCCUAGCGGAAAACAAGAUCAGGGGUGGAAAUGGCGUGAGUUUUGUAUAGUGGCGCUCCAUAAGGCGCCGUACUACAACUUGUGGAUUCUCGCGGAUCAAAAGGGAGAGGACGCCAUUAAGAAGCAAAAUGCUGCCCUGCGUUCAUAUUUCCUUUUGGCGAUGGCCGGAGAAAAUGUCUGGAAACUGGCGAUGGAUUUUAAAAAAAAAUGGGAGACGGGUAGAUUGUUGGGCCACAACGGAGCAAAGUGGAUCGUCAAGAAGAAGAAGGUCAAAAAUGUCAAGCCUGGGGUCGCCUACAUCGACAACAACAAGUUGGGCAGAAAGGAGGUGGUAUACAACGUCCCCGUGGAGCCGCCGACUAAGAAAGGCAAAAAGGAGAAAGAGGAGGGCGAUUGGUUCGUGCAAGUGUCGGAGUGGGACACGCAUUGUUGGAAAGCGAUGGAAACACUCACCGACAAUGAGAAGUGCCGCGUUCUGAAGAAGGUGCUUGCUUGCGAGGUCGUUUGGGUCCAGAACGUCUCCCCGUCGUUGGCGAAGCUGGGGAAGCUCAGCGUGCAGGACAUGGUGCGGUUGGUGAAGUGCGACCACGUGCUGGUCCGGUUGUGGAAUUACUACCAAUUCAAGCACGAGAAGAGGUCGGACGCGGAUUGGAUCCAAAAGUACCCUUUCCUGAAAUCGAAGUCUGCCAUGUUCAAGAAGCUCGAAAGUCGGGGAUUGGAUGACAAUUUGUGGAACGGUAGCAGGAAAUACGUUUCCGACUCGGCGCUGUUCAAGGACUGCCCGCCGUACAUGGAUUGCGAGGAGGACCACUUGAUCGAGGCGACGGAAAAGUUGGCGGGCCACAGGAAGUUGACCGUCGACUGGAGAAACAAGGUUCUCUCCGUGUUGACUGGGAGUAGACUGAAGAGCCGGGAGAUCGCACUUGCCGAAGACAUUGUUCACAUCAAAUGGAAAGACACGGGGGACGUGACAUCCAUCGCGCUGUUCGACAAUGACCCUUUGGAGGCCGACAUCAGGAGUGCAGAGCUGAAGGAAGCAGUGGCUACCACAAAGAGCCACACGUUUGUCCUCGAUCUGUGCGAGCCGGUUGACCUCAAGCUGUGGAAACCGCAAGGGUUCGAGACUUUGAAUUCCUAUCUUCAGACCGUCGCAUUGGACUCUCGUUGUUUUCGUGCCACAACAGCACAACCUCUCGUUUCUGGCCAGUAUGCACCAUCUUUCUUUCAUAAAGCUACUGGAAGGGAAGUGGGUGAGGAGGAACCAGCAAAAGAAAAGCUUCCUCGUGGGGAACAAUUUAUUCCCUUCAUGCCUUGCGACUGGUCGCAGACCGCGCCAGAACGACAGGGCAGUGUCUACGGGGAUAUGGAACACAAUCCGACACAAUCCGUCGGUCUUCUUGAUUUCCUAAGCAAGAAGGAAGAGGGUGUCGUCUUCCUUGGGAAACCGCACGCGCGAAGCGUGUGGGAACUUCUGAAGGCAGGCUGGCACGUUGUCGGGAUGGAAGGGAACCCAAGCCUCUUGCAAUUCACGAUGCAACUGGUCAAAAGCGAGGUCAAUUCGGGGGCCCACAAUUACAAGUUCAUGGUCGUGAAGACGACACGGGAUCGGGUGUGGAGCAACAAGACGGAAAUGUGGUUCAAGUUGAGCGAGAGGAAGAGGAAUAAGAUAUAUGACUUCUUGUUCCUUCAAACGCGGCCGAGGAAGGACACUGACGCAGAGUACGUCCGCCGCAGGGACCACAUGUUGGCAUUGUUUGACAACCACCACUUCGCCUCCCGCAUGAACGCGAAGACCUUUCUCGAAAGGCUGCAGUCGCUGUAUUUCAUGGAGUCCGAGGAGCAGUUGAAGUUAGGCAGCUACGCUUCCUUGAUCUCCACUGACGAUGAGGUAGCCACCGGUAUGGAGUUCGACGCCAACGCGAAGGAGGAGGAGAGGGACACCAAGAGCCUUGACCUGCAGUAUGACCCACCUCCGGCGGAGCACGCUCGAGGGUCCUCGUCGGCCGGUCCGUCAUCAAGCUCGGCACCCCUCGUGUCACCGACGACCAGACCGGCGCCGGGCACUACGCCGAUGAAGUUGUUGGAGAGACUCAGAGCUUUGGCCGUCCCCCCGCACGCAUUGCGUCCUGGGUCCGACGUUCCGCCCGAUAGUCCGUCUUGGAAGGAUGACAACAUCCACUUCCUGCUUGAGCCACAAAGUCAUUCGCCUGAGGUGGACUGGGCCAUGACAUGAUUUGGCAUCCACGAGUCGUCCAGCCAGCGAUACAAAAGGGCAAGUGGGUCAUGGCCGUCGCAGUCCCGGGUGCG